AAUAAAAUAAUUAACUAUUUAGCAGUUUUAAUUGUUAUAGAGGGGUUUUUAAUUUUUACAUAUUUGAAUUUCCCGCCUUCACUGGGGGCGGCCAUGACCGGUGAACAUCUGACGUCACAUAGUCGGUUUGUUUACAAGACAAAAACACAGGUGUAUUUAUGUAUUUAUGGAUAGAAAAUUAACGUGUUUCCGAUUUAUAUUUUUAAUUGUGAAGCGAUUGUGAAAUGGCAGAAGGCCGGGACAAUCUUGGAAUAAUUCCUUAUGAUUACGAACCGGAGUUUACGCAAGAAGAACUGCAAAAUAUAAGAGAGACAUCGCCGAUCACAAAUCUUGCAACUUUAGAAGAUUGGUGCAGUGGCAAUGCAUGUGAAGAAAUGCCUUCGCCGGAGGAAUGUAUUUGUUGUUGCUCCUCUGAAUAUGUGCAACCGAACAUUGAUGACUUGGAGUGCAUAACUGAACACCCUCAGUUUCAGCUGAUCGUCCUUAAUUCAGACGUUUUGACAGUGGCAUUUAUUCAGAUAUUUAUGUUUCAAGGAAAUGCAGGUCGUGUCCCGGAUAAUUUAACAAAUCAGCAGUCAAGGUUGACAGCCUACAGGCAGUUUGUAUGUUGGAUGCUGAGAGGAGAAAAACUUGGAAAAGGAAAGAGAGUUGUUAUCCCAUCGUGUGUGGUGAAAUGCAUUCGUGAAGCAUUUCCAGAGUCAAAUGGACAUUACACAGGUUUUAGAACAGUAUUUGACAAUAGUUCACAUUUGUUCUAAUAUAUAUAAUUAUGUUUAUUAUGUACAGUGCUACUGAAUUGAUUUUUUAAUUUCAUUUAAAAAAUAUUUGCUCUAAUUUGACUCAUUUAUUUAUUUGUGAUUCACAUUCAAUCACAAACUUUGUUAAAUCUUGAAAUAAGAUUUUGAACUAGUUCAGCCUUUUCCGGUGCUGGUACAGGUGCAAUAUUGCCCUGAUUUUUUGUGUCAAUUUUGGGAAAGAUCAUCUCUGCCUUUUGCAAAACACACAUUUUCAUCAUUGUGUUUACCCACUUAUAUGUCUUAGUGUUAUACACUGGUUUAGCUACCCAUUUUGCUGUUAUCUUUGAGUACACAGUUUUGUACACUUCAUUUCCUUGUGCGUCAAUUUUUUUUCCACGGUUUUGUGACAUAUUGUGGUCAAUUACUGCUAGCGAUGUUCUAGCAUUCAUCUGGUCAAAGUCAAAUUCUUGUCGCUUUGGAACAUAUUUUAAAAGCAAGCUAUGGUACACCUCCAAAUUUCCAGUGUGGCAGAACUCGCUUAAAUGUUUAAUGUCUUUCCUUAACCGUUUAUUAAGGAUAACUUCUUUCAAAGCAUUGUGUGCUUUCGAAUCCUUCACAAGCCACCUUUUUUUUUCAGCUAUAGCUGGUGUUAUCUCUUCGUGUGCACAGGAUGUGACUGCCUUGCCCUCGAAUGUGUGAAGGUUUGUCACAUGAUGAACGAUUGAAACCCAGCUUUCCUCUAACCAUUCCUUAUCCCCGUUGCAAUUGCUUGCACACCACCAUAGGUGAUUGCAAAUAGCCUUAAUCCAUGGUGCAAGGUCUUCAGCUCCCCUCAGUUUGGCUUUUUGUUGGAGUUUUUUGCGUACACUUUUUGCCAAAUGCCAUACAUCAAACUGGUGUUCAGUCUCAGGAUAUUGUUUGUUCAUCACACUUCUUAUCUGGACAUGUCGAUCAGUUGCAAGAACAGUAAUUUGAAAACCUUUGUCUAAAAGGUACUCCAUACAUCGACGGAAACCCUCUACCUCCAUCUUAGAGGAACUCCCAGUUUCAGUAACUUUGAUAGUGACAAAAGCCAAUAUGUGUUGUGUUUCAAUGUCAAGUAAUGAAUAUGUGCAGUAUUUGGCAUUGAAACCAGGUGAAUCACACCUACCAUCUCCUGCAAGCCUUAGUGGUCUAUUUGAAGCUUUCACUUUGUCUAAUAAUUUUCCCUGUAUAACCGUCCAUGUGUGUGCAAUAACUGGCAUAAUAAUUUCUCGUUGUAUGGUGUAGUAGGUUGAACUUCCAAUAAAUUUUAAAUUCAUGAACUCAGCAAAUUGGGCUAUGUGUGUGUAGGUUUGACCACAUAACAUUGUAGCAGCAGUGACUAGUAAGUUGCCAGCUGGCAUGUUGCCUAUGAGAGGUUGGGAUAACCACUUAUAGACAAGAUGCCCACUGGUACAGAACACAGAAACUCUCAUGAUGGUACCAGAUGAACAAUCUUUUUUAGUGUCUGACAAAUCUACUGGACAGUUGCACUCAUCACAUUUAAGCCUAGCAAAGAGUUGAUCCAGUUUGGUU